AUGGGUUCUCAUCUCCAAAGCUUCUGCAUGUCUACAAUGAUAUUGCUCAUUGUUUUCUCAGCAACCCUAGCAGUAUGUCAGCCCCCUUCCGCUAGUUCCUUGGAACAAAACAACCCAGCUAAUAUCUCCCAGAUUUUUGAAGAUUGGAUGGCAAAGCACAAUCGUGUCUACUCCACCAGUGAAGAGAAAACAAGACGGUUUGAGAUCUUCAAAGCCAAAUAUCUCUAUGUGCAAAAGUUCAACAAUGAAGGGGGACACACGUGGACUGCUGGGCUUAAUGCCUUUUCAGACCAGACGACAGCGGAGUUCAGUUCUCGGUGCUGCGGCCGCCGCCCAUCUCGCCUUAGGCGUAGGCGAUAUGAUCUCAAGCCUACAGCCCCAAUGUACCGGAGAUACCGUUUCAUGCCAAGGAGAGCCCUGGGAUUUGAAGAUCAGGUCUUGGAACCUGGGAUUUGA